ACACACUCUGUGGAUGCAGUUAACUACAACUUCCACAGGCCUUGCUUCUCUAUCCUGUUGAGUCAUCGAAUGGCUGAACUUACUUGCCCAUUUGUAUUCACCAACGCUGUCAAGGAUUGUUUAUACGCUUAUUUGCUGUACUUCUCCACUUUGACGUUUGCAAAAUUUUCGUAGGUUUGUGAUUCACAUACCGGUGCGACUUUCGUGUAUUUUCUAAAGCUUUUACGGCGACUGUUUUUCGUCUGUGUUUGAAUUCGGUUCCCAUAGAAACCACGUUCGUGCGACCAAUGCUAAACUACUGAAAUAUGAGGCUUCUCAUUCUUUCUAUGUUAUGUUAUUGUUUAAUGAAAGACUGUAAAGGUUAGGCUAUAUCUGACUGCAUUAUGGAAGGAAACGCGGAAUGAAGCCUAUUGUAUUUUUUGAUAGACAGAAAAGUAUUGUAUUUGUUUAUUUUUUACUUAAAAUGCAAUGCAUUUCAGAGUUUACAAAUUCAUCAAAACCACUUUGAGCAACGUAUUUUUUUUUUAUGCAGGUCAGCUUAUUUUGACUGCGGUAUGCAAAUGUAUACAUUUAAAUGCUGAUGAACUUUUACUAUUUCUUUCUUAUUCGACUUUGUUGGACUGAAUGCUACAGAAUAAGCUAAUUGUAAGAUUUAAUUAAAAUUGCUGCUAUUUUUGGUUUGGACUUGCCUGCAAAAUGUCUGUAGAAAGCAGAGGUUGCGAAUCAGAAUGUAACCCUAAACACGGUUCGAGUGCAUUACGAAAAAGAGUAACUGAAAGAGAACCCCACAGAGGGAAUGUGAAAGUUGCCGAAAACCCUGAAACAGGGGGAGCAAACAAUAAACACCAAAACCACUCCUUGAAUCCCAGGGAAAAUGUGCAAGUCAUUGGAGCCACUGAACAUCUGCUUAACUUUAAAAAAUGCAACCCCACCGCUAGUACUACAAGCGCCCACCAAGAAUGGACCGUCUACUCACUUAUACUAGUGGCCCUGUUGUCCCUUUGCACAAGGUUUUAUAAAAUCCUAGAACCGCCUCAUAUUUGCUGGGAUGAAACACACUUUGGUAAAAUGGGAAGCUACUACAUCAACCAGACCUUUUUCUUUGAUGUUCACCCACCACUUGGAAAGAUGCUGAUUGGUUUGGCUGGAUACCUGACUGGCUAUGAUGGCUCUUUCCCGUUUGUCAAACCUGGGGACAAAUUUGAAGAGCACAACUAUGCUGGAAUGAGAGCGUUUUGUGCCCUCCUUGGUUCAUGUCUGCCCCCAUUCGCUUACCUCACUGUGCUGGAGUUAUCCAAGUCGCUCCCUGCCGCUCUGAUUACUGCAUCACUUCUUAUUUUCGAUACGGGCUGCAUCACAAUCUCACAGUAUAUCUUGUUGGACCCCAUCUUGAUGUUUUUUAUAUUGGGGUCCGUGUUGAGCAUGGUAAAGUUCAACUCUCAUCGAGAAAGAGCUUUCUCAGGGUCUUGGUGGCUGUGGCUGCUACUCACAGGGGUGAAUCUGGCUGGGGCUCUGGGAGUGAAGUUUGUGGGGCUCUUUGUGAUCCUGCUGGUGGGAAUGAAUACAGUUCGGGAUCUCUGGCGUUUGCUGGGAGAUAUAAACCUCUCACUGGUUCUGCUUGGAAAGCACUUGCUAGCUCGGGUGUUUUGCCUGAUCCUGCUGCCUGCCUCCUUGUACAUAUCAUUCUUUGCAAUCCAUUUUCUAGUUUUAAACAAAAGCGGUCCCGGUGAUGGCUUCUUCAGCUCUGCAUUCCAGUCUCGACUGAUUGGGAACAACUUGCACAAUGCCUCCAUGCCAGAGUACCUGGCAUAUGGCUCUACUGUCACAAUGAAAAAUGUGCGGAUUGCUGGCGGGUACCUCCAUUCCCACUGGCAUCUGUACCCAGAGGGGGUCGGUGCUCGACAACAGCAGAUCACUGCCUAUUCACAUAAGGACUUCAAUAACUUGUGGUUCGUAAGGAAACAAGACUUUAAAACAGAAAACCCUACCGACCCAGUGGAAUUUGUCAAACACGGGGACAUCAUCAGACUUGAACACAAAGAAACAUCACGCAACCUGCACAGCCACCUACAUGAAGCCCCAUUAACAAAGAAACACUUUCAGGUUACAGGAUAUGGAAUUAACGGCACAGGAGACCCGAAUGAUUUCUGGCAGAUCGAGGUGUGUGGUGGGAAGCCUGGAGAUCUGGUCAAAGUGCUGAGGAGUAAAGUCCGUCUCAUUCACUUGUCCACCGGCUGUGUCCUGUUCUCCUCUGGAAAAACUCUGCCAAAGUGGGGCUGGGAACAGGUGGAAGUCUCUUGCAGUCCCUACCUGAAGGACACACCCAACUCCCAGUGGAACUUUGAGGAUCACGUCAAUACUAAAUUGCCAAAUAUUAGCCUUGAGGUGCUCAAGCCCUCUUUCCCAGAGAUCCUCCUUGAGUCCCACAUUGUAAUGAUCAGGGGUAACAGCGGUCUGAAACCUAAAGAUAAUGAAGUCAAUUCUAAACCCUGGCACUGGCCAAUAAACUACCAGGGCCUGCGGUUCUCGGGUGUGAAUGAGACAGAAUAUCGAAUUUAUCUCCUGGGAAACCCUGUGAUCUGGUGGUUAAAUUUGUUCAGCAUUGCCCUCUACAUGGUUAUGGUUACCAUAGCAGCAACAUUUAUACAGAGAGGGAUUCCACUGAGCCAGAAAGCCAGAGAGCGAUGCAGGGUGCUGAUGGAAGGCGGAAGGGAGAUGAUGCUGGGGUGGCUACUUCAUUACCUUCCCUUUUUCACUAUGGGCCGCAUCCUGUACUAUCACCAUUACUUUCCUGCUUUUCUUUUCAGCAGUAUGCUAACCGGGAUAACUUGGGACACCAUGCUGCAGAGUUGGGACUUGUUUGUUAGUCCUUCUGUCACGCGAAUGGUAUACAGUGGAGGAGUGGCUGUGCUGGUCGUACUCUUCUUGUACAGUUUCUACUUGUUCCAUCCUCUCUCCUAUGGCAUGGUUGGACCACCUGCUCACGACCCCAGCAGUCCCAUGGCAGGACUCAAGUGGAUGGAAUCCUGGGAGUUCUAAGAUAGCAGUCAGUGGACCAGAUCCAAGGUCUUUCACUCUUAAAAUGUACUUUUUAUUUUUUGGUUAUGCUGAAUUUAAAAGGUUUUUGUUAAUGUUACAAAACUGGAAACUAGAGGCUGGCUUUUUUUAGCCCUGGAUCACGAGAUUACGUUACAGGGACUGAUCUAUCAUAGUCAUGAGUGCCUUUCUUUGGCGUCGCUAACCACUACAUUUUGAUGUGCAUUUCUUCCAUGUUAAAUUUUGCUUUUUCAUAAAUUGAUAUGGAUGUGGAUUAACACUAGAAGUUUUAGUUCUUGAGUGAUGCUUGGAAUUUGGUUCUGGUUAAUGGAGGACAGAAAUUUAGUUUUAUUCAUCUUGUCGGUUGUGGAUGCUUUUCACCAUUUGAAGUUAUCAAAGGGAUCCUUUGACAAUAUCUAAGAAAAAAUGACCAGAAAUGUUAAUUCAGUCAUGCGUUUGUCAGGAUUCCUUUGAGAUUAAAUAUUUCUAAUACGGUCCUGUUUGUACCCAUUGUAAGAUUGUCACCUAACCCUAACCCUGAGGUCACGUUAUCUCAUAACCUCUCCUGUAGGGUUACACAGCAUUUCAUUAUACAACACAGGCUUUCUGUGAGACGUUUAUAACCCUUUUAGCAAUAACUACUUCAAGUUCUGGAGUUUUAGGACAAUGUAGGUUUAAUGUUUUUGUUUUGUUUUGUUUGUUUUUUACUUUAAUGCUCACUGCCUUAGUGUAGUGGUAUUGAAAUAAUGCUUUUUGGUAUUUAUUUAUAUUUGUGUUAGUUGUGUUGCUGUCUAUCUGAUAAAUUUAAACACCUGUUAAAAUAUAUUUAUAUUUUUUACUGUCACCAAUGCUUUUUUACACGCCAGUAAGUAUCAUGAGGUCAUUGAAUUUCAUUGUUUUCUUUAAAAAUCCUGAUCUGCAGAUACAAACAAAAUGGUAUUUGGUAUGGUGCAUUUUAACUGUGUGUUAUAAUAAUCAGUUGAAGAUGUGGGACACACAAUAAAUAAGUCCACUUUCUUUUCUUUUAAGAAAAGCUUCUGCAGCACAGAAUGACAUCUUGAGUUAGUACUAUGGAAAAUACAUCUUGAGUGUCUGACGUUUACUGCAGUAUUAGAAAAUUAACAGUAACUUUACUCGAACUAGGACUAUUAUUUUUGAAAAAAAUAAAUUGUGUUCAGACUGUGUGUUUUGUAAUGAUUUUUUCUUUUUAGAAACAGAACACAUUCUGUUGUAGUUUUUAAAGCUAAAAUAAGCCAACUGCACUGGUAUUUUAUUGAGCAAUAAAUCACAGAAGGAUAGAUAAACUCAACACUCGGACUUGCUCAACAUUGAGCAAUAUGAUUUUAAAGAACUUUUAAAAUGAGUGAAAGAAGAAUUCUGUUUUCAUCUUCAAACUUUCUUUUUUAUUUUGUUUUGUUCAUGAACUUUU